AUCAGUACAAUCGUUCCGUCCGUGGUAUGGUUGGUAUUGCUAUUUCAUAAAAUGUCAAAUGUCAAGCUGUCAAGCAAGGAAAAACAAGAGCAAGACUGAAGGAAGAGUUAGGUUAGGUUACGUUGUUAUUGAUAGUUUUAGGCUCCUCAAAGACAUUUUAUUCCUAUAUGUUUGGUAUCCAAGAGAUCGCGUGAAAGGAUCAUGGCAUCAAGGUUUAGUGGAGUACUUCAACUCACAGAUCUAGAUGAUUUCAUUACACCAUCACAGGAGUGUAUAAAACCUAUUAAAAUUGACAAGAAAUCAGGGACUGGUGCAAAGAUAAAGAUUGAAGAGGAUGGCUCAUACUUGCAAGUUAAAGAGGACGGUUAUGCUCAGAAGCUACAGCGGGUAGACAUAUCCCUGACAGACUGCCUUGCGUGUAGUGGAUGCAUCACAUCUGCAGAGAGUGUCCUCAUUACUCAGCAAUCUCAGGACGAGAUGCUACGUGUUUUCAAUGAAAACAAAAAACUGAAACAGACAGCCAGUGAUGAGGCUAAAUUGAUCAUUGUAUCAGUCUCCAUCCAGCCUGUACUCUCGCUGGCAGCUUCACAGUCCUUGUCACCAGAAACUACUUUCCGCAAACUUGCAGGCUACCUGAAGCGACUAGGGGCAGACAUGGUUCUAGACAUGACUGUAGCAGAUGAUCUGUCCUUGACUGAGGCUCAGCUGGAGUUUGUUGAGAGAUUCCGUGCCAAAGAGGCGGGCAACAAACAGGCACUACCAAUGUUGGCCUCCUCCUGUCCAGGAUGGGUGUGUUAUGCAGAGAAGACUCAUGGCAACUUUGUUCUGCCAUACAUCAGUACAACUCGAUCUCCUCAGCAAGUGAUGGGCUCGCUCAUCAAGGACCACUUGGCAGCUAGUGUGGGCAGGCCAAUCUACCAUGUCACAGUCAUGCCUUGCUAUGACAAGAAACUUGAAGCUUCCAGACAGGACUUUGUGAGCAGCAUUGACCAAAGUAGAGAGGUUGAUUGUGUUAUCACUGCAAUUGAGCUAGAACAGAUGCUGAUUGCUGAGGGCCGCUCUCUCACCUCAGAGGAGGAGGGGGAGGUUGACUACCCCUGGACCCCCUCCCCUCCCCUACACCACUACCCCCUGUCUGCCUGUGAAGGUAGUGGCUCUGGAGGCUGGGCUCACCAAUUGUUCAGAUAUGCUGCAUUAGAACUGUUCCCAGACUGCCAGCCUGACCUUACUUUCAGAACUCUCAGAAACCAAGAUCUCCAAGAAGUAACAUUGGAAAAGGAGGGGAAAGUUUUGCUCAGAUUUGCUAUUGCGAAUGGUUUCCGCAACAUUCAGAAUCUUGUACAAAAGCUUAAGAGGGGAAAAUGUCCUUAUGAUUAUGUAGAGGUCAUGGCUUGUCCUUCAGGAUGUUUGAAUGGAGGUGCGCAGGUGCGUCCCAAAGACGGAGUGUCCCCAAGAGAGUGGACUGGUCAGUUGGAGAGCUUGUACAGAUUAUUGCCACUACACAGGUCCCAGGACAACUCCACAGUUGAAGUCCUCUACAAGACAUGGCUGCAAGGACGACAUUCAGACAAGACUAAAGCAAUGCUACACACCACUUACCAUGCGCUUGAGAAAAACUCAAAUGCGCUCAACAUCAAGUGGUGAAAGAGUUUAAAUGAAUUUGUACAGUGUAAAAACUAAAAAAAUAUA